AGCCACGCCCCGGCUCGCUUCCUCCUCCGGAGGGUAGCGGGCGGCUAGAGUCGCCGCGGCCCUCUGCCCCGGCCCCACCGGCAGCCCCCAGCCGCCGCGCCAUGUCCGCCGCCUGGUUCCGGCGCCGCUUUCUGCCCGGGGACCCGCUCCCCGCGCCGCGGCUGCCGGGGCCGCGUGCCAGCCCCGUGCCCUACCGGCGGCCCCGUUUCCUGCGCGGCUCUGGCUCCAGCCCAGGCGCCGCCGACGCUUCGCGCCGCCCGGAUGCCCGGCCAGUGCGCAGCCCAGCGCGGGGCCGUUCGCUGCCCUGGAAUGCAGGCUACGCCGAGAUCAUCAAUGCAGAGAAAUCUGAAUUCAAUGAGGAUCAAGCUGCCUGUGGGAAGCUGUGCAUCCAGCGAUAUGAGUUUGGGGCUGGAGAAGAUCAAGAGUGGCUGACCCUGUGUCCAGAGGAGUUCCUGACAGGCUACUAUUGGGCACUCUUUGAUGGGCAUGGCGGUCCUGCAGCAGCCAUCCUGGCUGCCAACACCCUGCAUUCCUGCCUGCGCCGGCAGCUGGAAGCUGUGGUAGAGGGUGUAGUGGCCACUAGGCCCCCUAUGCACCUCAGUGGCCGCUGUGUCUGCUCCAGUGAUCCUCAGUUUGUGGAAGAAAAGGGCAUCAGGGCAGAAGACUUGGUGAUUGGGGCUCUAGAGAGUGCCUUCCAGGAAUGUGAUGAGGUGAUCGGGCGGGAGCUGGAGGCUUCAGGCCAGGUGGGCGGCUGCACAGCCUUGGUGGCUGUGUCCCUGCAGGGAAAGCUGUAUGUGGCCAAUGCUGGGGAUAGCAGGGCCAUCCUGGUGCGGAGAAAUGAGGUGCGGCUACUGAGCUUUGAGUUCACCCCAGAGACUGAGCGGCAGCGAAUCCAGCAACUGGCUUUUGUCUAUCCUGAGCUUCUGGCUGGUGAGUUCACCCGACUAGAGUUCCCUCGACGGCUGAAGGGGGAUGACUUGGGGCAGAAGGUUUUGUUCAGGGAUCAUCACAUGAGUGGCUGGAGCUACAAAUGUGUGGAGAAAUCGGAUCUCAAGUACCCGCUGAUCCAUGGACAGGGUAGGCAGGCUCGGUUACUGGGAACACUGGCUGUCUCUCGAGGCCUGGGAGACCAUCAGCUCAGAGUCCUGGACACGAACAUCCCGCUCAAGCCCUUCUUACUCUCUGUCCCACAGGUGACUGUGCUGGAUGUGGACCAGCUGGAGCUGCAAGAGGAGGAUGUGGUUGUCAUGGCAACUGAUGGACUCUGGGAUGUCCUGUCCAAUGAGCAGGUGGCACGGCUGGUACGGAGUUUCCUUCCUGCAAACCGAGAGGACCCACACAGGUUCUUGGAGCUGGCGAAAAUGCUGAUACACAGCACACAGGGAAAGGAGGACGGUCCCACAGGGGAAGGGCAAGUGUCCUAUGAUGAUGUCUCUGUGUUUGUGAUUCCCUUGCACGGCCAGGGCCAACGGAGCAGUGGCCACUGAAGAUUCAGACACUGCAUCCCAGAACCACUCCAGUGCCAGGUGUGGUCUGGGCAUCCCUCCACUAUGGCCAAGAUCAGUUUCUGCCAGUGCUGUCCCCAGCCACAGCCUCUUGCCAUCUAUCCAUUUCAAGUGGAACAUUUAUAUAAGGCAGUCAAAGCUGGAAGAGUGUGGAGAGCCCAGCCCACCAGGUCUUGUUUGCAAUGAUAUAUUUAAAUCUCUUUGGCAGAAGCACUUUACAACUUAGAAAAACCAAAUGAUGCUCUUCAGACAAGAUCUUCAACAGCCCAAAGCAUUAUUCUCAGAUAGAGACAGCUAACCUAAGGAUAUUAGCCAAAGAUGCCAGCAGGGGCAGCUAUAUGUUUGGAUCCAGGUCUCCAACCCAAGGAUGUCGGGGCAUCCAUUCAAUCCCCAAAGUCCAUGCAGCAUGCCUUGUAGAAAGCUUUGGGCAAGCUCAUAUCUGUUGGAACAGCCUUCUUGAACACAGCCCCUAUGAAGACAAGCUCAGGUCAUGUCCAACUCUUCCCCUGCCACUGGAGGUGAGGCACAGGCCCUAGGGCUAAAGUUGUGGGAGAGCAAAAAGGGGUAAAGCUCUUGAGUUGGUUGGGAAGGAGUCCUCUCCAGUUGUUUUUUUUUUUUUUGAGACUGUCGCCCUCAGUAGUGGCCUGAUGUCACAGCUCACAGCAACCUCAAACUCUUGGGCUUAAACAAGUCUCUUGCCUCAGCCUUCUGAGUAUCUGGGACUACAGGCGUUGGCCACAACACCUGGCUAUUUUUUGGUUGUAGUGGUCAUUGCUGUUUGGCAGGCCCAGGCUGGGUUCGCUCUGGUGUAUGUGGCUGGCACCCUAGCUGCUGAGCUAUAGGCGCCGAGACUCCAGUUGCUACUUAUAGCCUGGCCCUAUCUCUCCCUUAGUCUGAUGCUGCAACACCUUGCUUGGUUGUUCCCCAUCACCUAUUAUUAAAUGUAUACAGAAGAA